CGAGUUGUAAUUGUUUGCAAACGAGCAGGUGUUCGUUACGUUAGUUUUGCAAUUACUCCAAAACAAUAACCUAUGAAUAAGUGUACUUUGGAUGACUUAUAAAACUGGAUCAAUUAAACGUUGAGGUGUUUUCUAAAGUGUUUGUCGAAUAAUAAUUAACGUAGUACAAAUUUGAUUACGUUGCCGCCUAAUAAAUUUUAAUUGCAAUUAAACUGAAGAAGUAUAACUGACGUUUGUCCUCGGGGUCGAUCGGUAGUUCACGAAGUGAGUGUGGAAAAAUGGCAUCGGAGGGUAAGCUGAGCGAAGAGUUUGGGCGUACAGAUUCAUACCGUGUAGCUACGAUUCCGGCCAAUUAUGACGACAACAAAACAGCAGACGGUAGAUCAAAGUCACGUAGAAAGAACGCUAAGAAGCAACGAAAGGCUGAUGACCUAGACGACUUAAAACAAGAAUUAGAUAUCGACUAUCACAAGAUUUCACCAGAAGAAUUAUAUCAACGAUUUCAAACACAUCCGGAAAAUGGUCUUAGUCAUGCGAAAGCAAAAGAAAAUUUGGAAAGGGACGGACCCAAUGCCCUUACACCACCAAAAACAAUACCUGAAUGGGUUAAAUUUUGUAAAAAUUUAUUCGGAGGCUUUGCUCUCCUUCUCUGGGUGGGUUCAAUUUUAUGUUUCAUUGCCUAUUCCAUCCAAGCCACUAGUGUGGAGGAACCAAUUGAUGAUAAUCUUUACCUUGGUAUUGUCUUAGCAGCUGUUGUUAUCGUUACAGGUAUAUUUUCAUAUUAUCAAGAAAGCAAAAGUUCUAAGAUUAUGGAAUCUUUCAAGAACAUGGUACCUCAAUUUGCGACCGUCAUAAGAGAAGGCGAAAAACUUACUCUCAGAGCCGAAGACUUGGUCUUGGGAGAUGUUGUGGAAGUGAAAUUUGGCGACAGAAUUCCAGCAGAUAUCCGAAUUAUCGAAUCGCGAGGUUUAAAAGUUGACAAUUCCUCACUGACUGGCGAAUCAGAACCUCAAAGUCGGAGUCCAGAGUUCACGCACGAUAAUCCAUUAGAAACGAAAAAUUUAGCGUUUUUCUCGACUAAUGCUGUGGAAGGCACUGCCAAAGGUGUUGUUAUCAGUUGUGGAGACAAUACAGUAAUGGGAAGGAUCGCUGGUCUCGCUUCGGGACUCGAUACCGGCGAAACCCCCAUCGCUAAAGAAAUUCAUCAUUUCAUUCAUAUUAUCACUGGCGUAGCUGUGUUUCUAGGUGUAACAUUCUUUAUCAUUGCUCUAGUUCUUAAAUAUUUCUGGUUGGAUGCUGUAAUAUUCUUGAUCGGUAUUAUAGUAGCGAACGUACCAGAAGGUCUAUUAGCUACAGUAACUGUAUGUUUAACGUUAACGGCCAAAAGAAUGGCUUCUAAGAACUGCCUUGUCAAAAACUUGGAAGCUGUCGAAACGCUGGGUUCUACCAGCACCAUCUGCUCAGACAAGACUGGUACUCUUACUCAAAACCGUAUGACUGUCGCGCACAUGUGGUUCGAUAACCAAAUUAUAGAGGCGGAUACAACUGAAGAUCAAUCCGGUGUUCAAUACGAUCGCACGAGUCCCGGAUUUAAAGCCCUGGCGCGUAUCGCGAGUUUGUGUAAUCGUGCCGAAUUUAAAGGCGGCCAAGACGGUGUACCAAUUUUGAAAAAGGAAGUGAACGGUGAUGCAUCCGAAGCCGCGUUGCUGAAGUGUAUGGAACUUGCGCUGGGCGACAUUCUGGGUAUUAGGCGCAAAAACAAGAAAGUGUGCGAAAUUCCCUUCAAUUCCACAAAUAAGUAUCAAGUAUCUAUCCACGAGAAUGAAGAUCCCAAUGAUCCCAGACAUGUUUUGGUAAUGAAGGGGGCACCCGAACGUAUACUUGAACGAUGCGCAACCAUUUUCAUAGGAGGCAAAGAAAAAGUUCUUGACGAGGAAAUGAAGGAAGCUUUCAAUAACGCCUAUUUAGAAUUAGGAGGGUUGGGUGAACGAGUUUUAGGAUUCUGUGAUUUUAUGCUUCCCACUGAUAAGUACCCUACCGGAUUUAAAUUUAACGCUGACGAUCCCAACUUUCCAUUGGAAGGCUUACGAUUUGUUGGAUUAAUGUCUAUGAUUGAUCCUCCACGUGCCGCCGUGCCCGAUGCAGUUGCCAAGUGCAGAAGUGCCGGUAUCAAGGUCAUUAUGGUCACCGGUGAUCAUCCAAUUACAGCAAAGGCUAUUGCAAAAUCGGUCGGUAUUAUUUCCGAAGGCAACGAAACUGUAGAAGAUAUUGCCCAACGAUUAAACAUUCCAGUAUCCGAAGUGAAUCCGCGCGAAGCUAAAGCCGCCGUUAUUCACGGAAGCGACUUGAGAGACUUAUCUUCGGAUCAACUUGAUGAAGUAUUACGAUAUCAUACCGAAAUUGUAUUUGCCAGAACUUCCCCCCAACAGAAACUGAUUAUUGUUGAAGGUUGUCAACGUAUGGGAGCCAUUGUAGCAGUAACAGGUGAUGGUGUAAACGAUUCUCCUGCAUUGAAGAAAGCCGACAUUGGUGUUGCAAUGGGUAUCGCCGGUUCAGACGUAUCGAAGCAGGCCGCAGACAUGAUCCUUCUAGAUGAUAACUUCGCAUCAAUCGUUACCGGAGUUGAAGAGGGGCGUCUUAUUUUUGACAACCUGAAGAAAUCAAUCGCUUACACGUUAACGUCCAAUAUUCCGGAAAUCUCGCCUUUCCUCGCUUUUAUGUUGUGCGACAUUCCAUUGCCACUCGGAACGGUUACCAUUCUUUGUAUAGAUCUUGGAACCGACAUGCUACCUGCCAUAUCACUGGCUUACGAGGAACCAGAAGCCGAUAUCAUGAAGAGACCUCCCAGAAAUCCGAGGACGGGCAAACUAGUUAAUGAUAGGUUGAUCUCAAUGGCAUACGGACAAAUUGGUAUGAUUCAAGCGGCGGCCGGCUUCUUCGCCUACUUUGUCAUUAUGGCUGAAAAUGGAUUUCUACCUCCGGAACUGUUUGGCAUCAGAAAACAGUGGGAUUCAAAGGCUGUUAAUGAUCUUACGGAUUCCUAUGGCCAAGAAUGGACAUACAAAGACAGAAAAACAUUAGAAUACACAUGUCACACUGCCUUCUUUGUAUCGAUUGUCAUUGUACAAUGGGCCGAUUUAAUCAUCUGCAAAACCAGACGAAAUUCAAUCCUACAUCAGGGCAUGCGUAACUGGGCAUUAAACUUUGGUUUGGUAUUUGAGACCGCUUUAGCCGCAUUUCUUUCCUACACUCCAGGAAUGGACAAGGGAUUGAGGAUGUUCCCUCUCAAAUUUUUAUGGUGGUUACCUGCACUUCCCUUCUCUCUCGCUAUAUUCGUCUAUGAUGAGAUUCGAAGAUUUUAUUUGCGACGCAAUCCUGGUGGAUGGUUAGAACAAGAAACAUACUAUUAAAAUGUGAAUGGGUGCGCACUGCCAUUCAUUGGCCACUACGUGGUCACGGCGCAGUUCACAUUAGUUAUUAUUUCGAUAGGAAAAGAUUUCGUUCCAUCAAAAUCGUGCGCACUACGCUGCGUAUUUGGCUGCUUUACUACGUUCUUUAAGCAUAUAUGAUACAAUAAGGCACAAUCUAAAGUUAAAAACGAUAUCAUUCUCUAUCGAUACAUUGUAUAAAUCCUGUUGCUAAUUCUAGUAAAUUUGCUGCUUACGCAGUUUUAAUAUAAGUAUCAAAAUGCACGCAACCAUGUAUUGGCUUUCGUUUGUAUACAUGUUGUUCCAUUGUUGAAGAAUCUCUUCAUUUAUCCACGACAGUACAUGGUUACCUGCAUAAAUUAGCCAUAAUUUAAUUACCCUUGGGACAGUCUGAAUCUCAAGCAACACACUGUCUAGUGGUCGCAAUAGUGUUUUCAUACAUUCCAGUUGAAAACAGUUGCCUUAGUGCUGUCAGUCUGUUCAGUCCGUUGUUACGAGCCCGACCGGACGUCGCACUGUUCAUUGUUGCGCUUGCGGCCGCCCGGGCUCUCUGCCUCUUUAGAUAGUGUCAAUGUGAAUGAAAGAUAUGUAGUAUUAUUUAGGCUUCAACACUUAGGUUAGCUAGAGUUGUAACUGUGUUGUUAUAUCGUGUUAAGUGUAAUACAGGUCGUGCUCAAAUACACAUUUCUAAUCACUGUUAUUAUUAUUUAACAUUUCAUUAUUACAUUAUUUUUUGUAUAUAGUUUCAUACUAUAUUACUGUGCAUGCGAUGGCGCUGACGUGGGUAACAAUAAUAAUAAGAAGAACGUGAGGUGGGGGGGGGGUCCUUUCUAUUUGGUUUGUUGUAUGUCUAUGUCACACUUUCAGAGGUAUGCUUUUGUAGAACACUAUUUUCUUAUAUCCCGAACCAUCGUGCAUUGGUCUGAGACCAAGUUGACCACAAUAUUGUUAUUGUAAAUAUUUUUAAGUGAUCACUCAAUUUGUUUGCUUGGUUUUUCACAUUCAUGUUUAGUAUAUAAUGAAGCUGUAUAAAUUUGGGUUUUAAUAAAAUGGAUGAUAG